AGUUCCCCCUCGAUGAGUGAGCAGUAUGGAGAGCUACUCUGUUGUAUUCCUGCUCUGUGGAUUAAUGUGUGCAGUGAUGGCGGCGCCCCAUACCCCAGCGGUGCUUGAUCCCGUUAGACAGGAACUGGAGGAGGACGCCGGGAGCGGCGACAACAGUGCCGAGCAGUACAUGAAUGCCAUGGAGGAACGUGUCCAACUCUGGUGGCAGUCCAUUACAGGAGCUACAAAUGGAACUGAUUAUUCUCUAGAUGAUUAUUUGCUGGAGGAUGAUAAGGAUGUAAAUUAAUUCCUGAAAAUAAGAUGAUUAAAGAUUUGUAUUUGAAAUUUAA